UUCUGAUUGGCGGUGCGCGCGAGUACUAUAAGUGGAGGCGCCCGGCGGGCGGGCCACUCUAUGUCCCGCGCUGCUCCUACUCCGGUGGCGAUGGCGCUUCUCUGGACGUUGGUCUUCGUCGGGCUGCUCUCUCUGUCCGGCGUGCACGCCGUCCAACGUACUCCAAAAAUUCAGGUUUACUCACGGCACCCCACAGAGAAUGGAAAGCCAAAUUUCCUGAACUGCUAUGUGUCAGGAUUCCACCCACCAGAAAUUGAAAUCGAACUGCUGAAGAAUGGAGAGAAGAUGAAUGCAGAACAGUCAGACCUGUCUUUCAGCAAGGACUGGAGUUUCUAUCUUCUGGUCCACACUGAAUUCACUCCCAAUGGACAGGAUGAAUUUAGCUGCCGUGUGAAGCAUGUUACUCUCAAAACUCCCCAGGUCGUUAAAUGGGAGCGAGACAACUAACCAGCAUCAUGGAGAACUAGAAAGACCCCGAAUAGCCAAAGGAAUAUUGAAAAAGAAAACCAAAGCUGGUGGUAUCACAAUUCUGGACUUCAAGCUCUAUUAUAAAGCUAUAAUCAUUAAGACAGUAGGUACUUGCACAAAAACAGACACAGGUCUAUGAAACAGAAUAGAAAAUCCAGGAAUGGCCCCUCAACUCUACAGUCAACCAUUUUUUGACAAAGCAGGAAAGAAUAGCCAAUGGAAAAAAAGGCAGUCUCUUCAACAAAUGAUGCUGGGAAAAUUGUACAACCCAAUGGAGAAGAAUGAAACUGGACCAUUUCCUUAUACCAUACACAAAAAUAGACUCAAAAUGGAUAAAAGACCUAAAUGUGACACAGGAAUCCAUCAAAAUCCCAGAGAAGAACAUAGGCAGAAGAACACCUCUGUGACCUUGGCUAAAGCAACGUGCCAGACACAUUUCCAAAGGCAAAAAUGAACUAUUGGGACUUCAUCAAGAUGAAAAGAUUCUGCACAGCAAAGGAAACAAUCGACAAAACCAAAAGACAACCUACAGAAUGGGAGAAGAUAUUUGCGAAUGUCUUAUCAGAUAAAAAGGCAGUAUCCAAGAUUUAUAAAAAAAAAACUUACCAAACUUAACACCCAAAGAACAAAUAAUCCAGUCAAGAAAUGGACAGAAGACAAGAGACAUUUCUCCAAAGAAGACAUCCAAAUGGCCAACAGACACGUGAAAAAAUGCUCCACAUAACCUGGCAUCAAGGAAAUACAAAUCAAAACCACAAUGAGAUGCUACCUCACAUUAGUCAGAAUUGCUAAAAUUAACAAGUCAGGAAAUGACAGAUGUUGGCAAGGAUCUGGAGAAAGGGGAACCAUCUUACACUGCUGGUGGGAAUGCAAACUGGUACAGCCAUUCUGGAAAACAGUAUGCAGGUAUACCUAGGAGUUUAAAAUAGAGCUACCCUAGGACCCAGAAAUUUUACUGUAUUUACCCCAAAGAUACAAAUGUAGUGAUCUGAAGGGGCACCUACACCCCAAUGUUUAUAGCAGCAAUGUCUACAAUAGCCAAAUAUGGAAAGAGCCUAGAUGUCCAUCAACAGAUGAAUGGAUAAAUAAGAUGUGGUAUAUAUACACAAUGGCAUACUACUCAGCCAUCAAAAAAUUGAAAUCUUAUCAUUUGCAAUGACAUGGAUGAAAGUAGAGGGUAUUAUGCUAAGUGAAAUAAGUCAAUAGGAGAAAGAAUCACAUGACUUCACUCAUAGGUGGAAUUUAAGAAACAAAACAGAGGAUCAUAAGGGGAAGGAGGGAAAAAUAAAAUAAGACGAAAUCAGAGAGGGAGACAAACCCUAAGAGACUCUUAAUCAUAGGAAACAUACUGAGGGUUGCUGGAGGGUAGGAAGGUGGGAGAAUGGGGUAACUGUGUGAUGGACAUUAAGGAGGGCAUGUAAUAUAAUGAGCACUGGGUGUUAUAUGCAACUGAUGGAUCACUGAAUGCUAACUCUGAAACUAAUAAUACACUCUAUGUUAAUUGAAUUUAAAUAAAAUAAAAUCUAAAAAAAAUUCUCUUGCAUUUUCUUAUAAUUUUCCCUUUCAGAAAAAUUUAUAAGGGUCCAAGAAACCAGAGGAAGACAGCGUGUUAUGAUACAGGUUCUAGAACUGCAGAGAGAGUACAAGAGGAUCUCACACCUUAAAGUGACCAAAGCAAGUGAUAGUGAGAAAAAGCUGUAAGGUGGGAAUUAUGGCUUAAAGGCAAUUCACCAAGGUAAAUCAAGAAAAAAGAUAUCUGGAAGACAGAGACCAAAGAAAUACAGAAAUGUGAAUUAGAAUUCAGCAAUUUUAACCUGGAAUUGCUUUGUUGACCCAAAGACCUACAGGGAACAUUGAGACAAGACUGCGACUAUAGCUUAGUGUUUUGUGUGUUACAUUCCUCAAGAAUGGCGAUUCAUUUAUUUAUUAAAUAAAUAAAUAAAAUCUUAAAGGGAAAAAAAAGAA